GUCUUAAUAGCCUACAGCAUGCAUAUGCUUCUGCACAAUCUAUACCCAUGACCGCGCUCAGAACGACCUCAGGACGCAAGAUAGAGCCUGCAAGUCAUACGCAGGCUGCUUUAGAGAUCGUCGGCGCCGCUGCUCUUCCCGCGACACUUGAAACCACAAGGAAGCUUCCUCAAAUCAAUGAUGGCUUCAGAGCAAAUCGUCUUCUUGGGAGGGUCAUCCCGCCGGCGCUCUUCGUAUUCAUAAUCCAUGGAUGGCGAAUCGUGUCGCUUCACGCGACGCCCUACCUUUAUUACACUUUGCAAAGGCCCCGCUCGGCCGUGCUAUACUGUGUCGGGUUCAACGUCUUACUGUGUGCAAUGAUGUACAACUAUCUAAGCGUCUACCUGCUGCCUCGAGACCAUUCCAGACCACCUCGAGCAGUACCAGACGAUGUCAGAGAAAAGCGAGUUAUAUUCGAAUGUGACAGGCAAGGCGAGCCUACCAGGUGUUGGCAAGACGCCUGCAAUGGCUCUUGGCGGCCUGCGCGCGCGAGACACUGUCGGGAUUGCAAACGCUGUCGGCUCGGAUUUGACCAUUGCUGCCCCUGGUUUGGCACUUGUAUCACAUCGCCGGCCUCGGGCAAGGCAUUCAUACACUUUUGCUUCUUCGUUCAGCCUCUCUUGACGCUUGCACUCAGCGUCAUCCUGCCACUGACGAUCUCACAAGUCAGUAAAGUUGUCGAGCUUACCUGGACGACGGACAGCCUGGGCUAUGAGUUGCUUGCAGCAGAGUGGUGGCAUCACUGGUACUCCUGGAGUGGUGGUCCUGGCUUUAGAUGGCUCAUAGGCCUCUUGCUUGGCUACUGGCAUCUAGACCGCAUCGUAGAGCACCAGCCUGAUCUGGCGCUCGUCGUACCUCGAUCAGCUGUCGCAUCCAGCGAUCCUCACUAUCUCUUGUCGCAGCCUCGCGUGGCCACUCUACUCAUUGUGACAAUCGCAGUCUUUGUCCAGCUUGUCGCUCUGGCUUUGCUCAUCGUCGGUACGCAGCAGAUCGCUCAGGGUGUUUGGACCGUCGAGGUCCAGCGAGCGCGUCGUUGGCGCAGGCAUGGUGGCAACAUUGACGAUCGAUUGCGACUCUGGAUACCUGCAGACGGCAUACAUAGCGACAACAGACGGCAUCAGGGCUUCAUUGCCGCCAUCGAGCCGGAUGUGCGAAUAUACGACAGAGGGCCGCGAGAGAAUCUGACGGCAAUCCUCGGAGAGCGAUGGUGGGCCUCGUGGGAGUCCAGCCAAGACCCUUGCACAUCUGUCACGAUAGCACCGGCUAUGCUCGAAGGCUUAUGGCAGGCUCACCUUGGUAAGGAUCGUUAAGUGAUUGAUAGAUCAAGCCUUAUGGUAUUCCUUGGACUUGUACGAACGCGCUUUCUCGAGCCAUCGAGCGCUGGCAGCGCAAGUGUCUCGUGACUUGGCGUCUAGCAGGUGCGCAGGCUAGCUUUGGACUGCCGACGACGUGUUC